AUUUCCAAUUGAUAUCCAAGUCUGGGUUCCAUAUCUCUUGACAAUAUUUAAUUAGCAUUCUCCCUCUUUCUAUGAUUCCUAUAUAAGUUCCUCUUUAAUUUAAUAUCUUAAACUGAUAAUUAUUUGCACCUUCAAUACAUAGUUUCUCCAAUGAUGAAGUAUCUACUCCAACCCAUCGUUGCUUUUCUUGUAGUUGCAUUAUUGGCGGCAACACUUGCUGCCUUAUCUCCUGAGCUUUACUGGAAGUCCAUGCUUCCUAGUACUCCCAUGCCUAAAUUUAUCGCAGAUCUCCUCCACCCAGCUGUCAAUGAUGGGUCAGGUGAGAGCACCACCAUCCGCAGCGGAGGACAUUGCCAAUUCGACUUUUGUUAUGCUGACUCUGAUGAUACCAAACUCCAUGGUAACCCCAACACAACUCUCUUCUUCUUGGAAAAGGAUUUGAAGGCUGGUCACAGAAUGAACUUUCUCUUCAUGCAUGCCUCCAAUCAAGCAUCUUUCUCGCCUCGUGAAGUCGUGAAAUCCAUUCCCUUUUCCUCAAGGAAGAUGGCUGAGAUAUUGAACAAAUUUGCUGUGACGCCUGGGUCAGUAAAAGCUGAGGUUAUGAAUAAUACAAUUCAACUUUGUGAGGAGUCAGGGAUUAAAGGAGAAGAGAAGUAUUGUGCCACGUCAUUGGAAUCCAUGGUUGAUUUUAUCACUUCCAAGCUUGGGAAAAAUGUGGAAGCUUGGUCUACGGAGGGGAAGAAGGAAACAAAGAAGCAAGAGUACACAAUUACUCAAGGAGUGAAGCUGGGAGAGGCCAAAGUGGCUGUGUGCCACAAGCUUAAUUAUGUGUAUGCUGUGUUUUACUGUCACAAAAUACAGAACACAGUUGCCUAUACGGUGUCGUUGAAGGGCGCUGAUGGGAGCAGAGUGAAAGCUGUAAGUGUAUGUCACAGAGACACGUCACAGUGGAAUCCAAAACAUUUGGCCUUCCAAAUGCUGAAAGUGAAACCAGGGAGUGUUCCUAUAUGCCACUUCCUUUUUCAAGACACUGUUACGUGGGUUCAAAGGUGAUUUCACAUAUUGGGUGAAUUUCACUACUUACUCAUUUAAAUAAGAGUUUGUAGAUGGUAUGUAUUAUUUAAGUAUCAUUUAAAUAAGCUUACUAUUUAUCGUUC